AUGUUCUUCAUCAGACUUAUGAUGUUUAACAUGACGUUCUUCAUCGUCUUCUUCACUAUGUUCUUCACCAGACUUAUGAUGUUUAACAUGACGUUCUUCAUCGUCUUCUUCAUCAUGAUGUCUAGACUUAUGGAAUUUACCAUGACGUUCAUUAUCAUCAUCAUCAUCAUCAUCAUCAUCAUUAUGAUGCUUAGACUUGUAGUGCUUACCAUGACGUUCUUCAUUAUCAUGUUCUUGAACAUCUUCUUCAUCAUUCUCAUCGUCAGAUUUCUGAUUUCCAUGACGUUCUUCCUUUUGAUGCUUAGAUUUAUGAUACUUACCACGAUGUUCAACACUCUUCUCUUCAUCUUCUUUAUCAUCAUCACCGAUUGGUGGUUUCUCUGGUUUAUGGUGAGGUGGACCAUGAUGAGGAGGGCGAUGGUGAGGAGGACCAUGAUGAGGAGGACGAUGGUGUGGAGGACCAUGAUGAGGUGGAUGUUCACCAUCAUCAUCACUAUCACUGUCACUAUCACUGUCACUGUCACUAUCAGAAUCAGAACCAGAAUCAGAAUCAGAUUCAUCAUCUGA